AUGAAUUUUGAUAGGAAAGAUAUUUUCCAAACAGGACAUAGUAAUGGGAAAGAAGUUUAUGAGACACGUGAUGAUGAUGAGAAAGACGUUUGCGAGAUACGUAAUGAUGAUGGAAAAGAUGUUUGCGAGACACGUAAUGAUGAUGGGAAAGACGUUUGUGAGACACGUAAUGAUGAUGGGAAAGACUUUUGCGAGACAUGUAAUGAUGAUGGGAAAGACGUUUACAAGACACGUGAUGAUGAUGGGAAUGACAUUUACAAGACACGUAAUGAUGAUGGGAAAGACGUUUGCGAGACACAUGAUGAUGAUGGGAAAGACACACAUGAUGAUGAUGGGAAAGACGUUUGCGAAACACGUGAUGAUGAUGAGAAAGAUGUUUGCAAGACACGUGAUGAUGAUGGGAAAGAUAUUUACAAGACACGUGAUGAUGAUGGGAAAAACGUUUGCGAGACAUGUGAUGAUGAUGGGAAAGACGUUUGCAAGACACGUGAUGAUGAGAAAGGUUUUAUUGCUGAGACAAGUGAUGAGGAUGAGAGACUUAUUUGGAAUACAAGAGAUGAUGUUGAUGGGAAAGAUGUUUGUGAGUCAAGUGAUGAUGAUGAUGGGAGUGAUGUUUGUGAGUCAAGUGAUGAUGAUGAUGGGAUCGACGUUUGUGAGUCAAGUGAUGAUGAUGAUGAUGGGAGUGAUGUUUGUGAGUCAAGAGACACGUGA